CACCCCGCAUCCUUGCCUCCCUGCAAUCCACUUUAUCCUCCCGAUAGAGCAUCAUGUCCUACUUCACCCCCUCCUACGAUCUCCCGCCCCGAGUUCACCUGCUCAAGAACCCAUCCCUCACCACACCACAACCCAUCCCCUCGCCAGCCGCCUCUGUCCACCCUCUCCCGCCAGAUCUUUCGGCCUACUUUGUCUAUCCAUUCAGUCUCGAGGCCUUCGUGCUGCAAGGUGGCGGUGAUCCCGGCGCGGGCGGGGCAGGUGGUGGCUUUCGUUCAAGCCAACAGAUCGAAGAGGAGGGACGUCGCUAUGCGCGAUAUCUGGAGGAGAGGGAGGAAAGCAAGAAGGAGAGGGAGAGGGAGAGGAUCAGACGGAUCGCCCCCGGAUGGAACGUUGGUGGUGAAGGUGCGUUGCAGCCUACAAAGAGGGGGAGUGGGGUGUUGAUGCCGCAGAAUGGGCAGCAGCAUCAACAAAAGGAGGCGGACGGAGAGCAAAACAAAGCAGACCAGGAUCCUCUGGACUCGAUGGCCCAGCUGGGCGAGUACUUUGAUCGCCUCGAUGCAUCUAAGGAGUCGGCAAAGGGUCCGCAAGGCGACCAGCAGCCGUCUUCGACGUCCUAAUCAAGCCAGUGUGAUCUCUCUUGAUAUCAAGUCGGCUGCUCAGUUCAGCAGCAAGAUGAAACGACACGAGGUGCGAGGUGCAGCGCAUGGCGCA